CUGUGUCGAUUAGCGCUGGAGAGGCGGAAGGGGCUGAGGAGUUCUCUGAUUAUCGGUAACAGAUAUCCGAGUCCACCUGUGUUUUAGUGCGGACUGGACGACACGAUAUUGAGGCAGAGAGCCCCUGCUAAAGCGCCGACAUGUUGAAUAUGUGGAAAGUCAGGGAGUUGGUGGAUAAAGCCACCAAUGUUGUGAUGAACUACUCAGAGAUAGAGUCCAAGGUUCGAGAAGCCACCAAUGAUGACCCCUGGGGCCCAUCGGGCCAGCUCAUGGGAGAGAUUGCCAAAUCCACAUUUAUGUACGAGCAGUUCCCUGAAGUUAUGAACAUGCUUUGGACUAGAAUGCUGAAAGACAACAAGAAGAACUGGAGGAGAGUUUACAAGGCCUUAUUACUAUUAGCGUACCUCAUCAGAAACGGGUCAGAGCGGGUGGUCACCAGCACCAGAGAACAUAUCUACGACCUGCGCUCUUUGGAAAAUUAUCAUUUUGUAGAUGAAAAUGGAAAGGACCAGGGCAUUAACGUACGGCAGAAGGUAAAAGAAAUGGUAGAGUUUGUUCAGGAUGAUGACCGGUUACGUGAAGAGAGGAAGAAAGCCAAGAAGAAUAAAGACAAAUACAUUGGAGUAUCUUCUGACAGCAUGGGAGGCUUCAAAGAAAGUAACUCGGGAGAACGGUUUGACCCCGAAUCUAAAAGCAAAUGGGACGAGGACUGGGAGAAAAACAAGAGCAGCUUCCCGUUCAGUGAAAAACUCGGGGAGAUAAGUGACAAAAUUGGAAGCACCAUUGAUGACACCAUCAGCAAAUUCCGCAAGAAGGAGAGGGAUGACUCACCAGACCGUAUCAGUGACAAUGAGGAGGACAGAGUUUCACAGAAUGGUCGUCCUGCAAAGUCAGAGUUUAAGGAUGAUGAGGAGACUGUAACAACCAAGAGCAUCCAGAUCACACAGACCACAGAUACAAUCACCUCCACCACCACUACCACCACCUCUACACGCAAACGUGGCGGAGUCCCAUCCAAAACCGUUGACCUGGGCGCAGCUGCUCAUUACACUGGUGACAAAAGCAGUCCAGAUGCUGACCACAACCAGACAUCAGUGAGUCAGUUAUCCAGCACAGGGCUUGCAGAUCUGUUGAUGGUGGAAGCUGGCUCUGGUCAACCAGUGUCUUCAGGUGGAAGCUCAGAUCUCACUGGUGACUUUGCUGACUUUUCCUCACCUGCUGCCUCUGCCAGUCUCCCGUCAGCUGCUGGUUCGCUGUCUACUGGUAACGGUGAGUUUGGUGACUGGAACACCUUCUCUUCCACCAGUCCUCCUGCUGUCACUGCUCAGUCUGCCAUCCCAGACCUGUUCAGUGACAUACCCGCUCCAGCCGCACCGGUGCCCACAUCCACCCAACCGCAUUCCGCUGACCUCUUUGACCUGAUGGCCCCCAACAACAGCAGCCUCAGCGCAUCCCAAAGCAUGCCCUUCAACAUGUGCCCGCAGAAUACAACCACACCUCUGUCCAGAUCACAGACAAUAGGGGGUCCGUUAUUUCCCCAGCAGAUGGGACUACAGAAGUCAGGCGGGAAGGUAUCAAUGCCUGCCACCUGGUCAGACCCAAGCGUGAACAUCAGCCUGGAUUUCCUGUCGGCAGGCCUGAACCCUCCCAAACCCACACAGCCCACACUCAACACCAUGAUGCAGCAAGGUGUCCAGCCACCAUUGAAUAUGGUCACCCAGAAUUUCGCCGGAAUGACACUGAAUGCCCCCUCAGCGGCUGCUCCCAGACCAGGAGUGAACCCCAUGAUGGCAGGGGGGACCUUGAGCAUGGCAAUGCCUCCUAUGGCGACGGGCACUGUGGGAGUGGGCUCUGUGGGUACUGGAGGAAUACCUGUCAAUCAAGGACUCAUGGGCAUGAAUAUGAUGCCUGCUGGAAUAGGCCUGCAAGGUGCCCUCGGCAUGCCCAGCAUGGGGAUUGGCCAGGCCAUGAACCCCACCAUGGUGCAACCUAAACAAGAUGCCUUUGCAAACUUUGGCAACUUUGGGAAAUGAAUGGUGAUCCACUCCAAGAGAGUUAACGGUCCAAAUACACCUUCUCAAAAGAAGGAGCUGCAUCCAGUAAAAUGGACAAAACUGACAAAACUAGCCCGUGUCACGACUCUUCAAUCAUUUGUCCUUAUUCGUUAACAGAUACAGAGAAACAAAACAAACA